AUGGCGAGGCGCCCUCUCGUCCCCGCCCUUCCCCUCUCUAGCGUCCUCUUUCCCCACGCCGUCGCUUCUCCUCUUUCCCCACGCCGUCGCUUCUCCUCUUUCCCCACGCCGUCGCCUCUCCUCUUUCCCCACGCCGUCGCUUCUCCUCUUUCCCCACGCCGUCGCCUCUCCUCUUUUCCCGCCGUCGCCUCUCCUCUUUCCCCACGCCGUCGCCUACGCUGUCGCGUCUCCUCUUUCCCCACGCCGUCGCUUCUCCUCUUUCCCCACGCCGUCGCUUCUCCUCUUUCCCCACGCCGUCGCUUCUCCUCUCUCCCCACGCCGUCGCCUCUCCUCUUUUCCCGCCGUCGCCUCUCCUCUUUCCCCACGCCGUCGCUUCUCCUCUUUCCCCACGCCGUCGCUUCUCCUCUCUCCCCACGCCGUCGCCUCUCCUCGUUUCCCGCCGUCGCUUCUCCUCUCUCCCCACGCCGUCGCCUCUCCUCUUUUCCCGCCGUGGCCUCUCCUCUCUCCCCACGCCGCCGCUUCUCCUCUUUCCCCACGCCGUCGCUUCUCCUCUCUCCCCACGCCGUCGCCUCUCCUCUUUUCCCGCCGUCGCCUCUCCUCUUUCCCCACGCCGUCGCCUACGCUGUCGCCUCUCCUCUUUCCCCACGCCGUCGCUUCUCCUCUUUCCCCACGCCGUCGCUUCUCCUCUUUCCCCACGCCGUCGCUUCUCCUCUCUCCCCACGCCGUCGCCUCUCCUCUUUUCCCGCCGUCGCCUCUCCUCUUUCCCCACGCCGUCGCCUACGCUGUCGCCUCUCCUCUUUCCCCACGCCGUCGCUUCUCCUCUUUCCCCACGCCGUCGCUUCUCCUCUUUCCCCACGCCGUCGCUUCUCCUCUUUCCCCACGCCGUCGCUUCUCCUCUCUCCCCACGCCGUCGCCUCUCCUCUUUUCCCGCCGUCGCCUCUCCUCUUUUCCCACGCCGUCGCCUACGCUGUCGCCUCUCCUCUUUCCCCACGCCGCCGCUUCUCCUCUUUCCCCACGCCGUCGCUUCUCCUCCCCACGCCGUCGCUUCUCCUCUUUCCCCACGCCGUCGCUUCUCCUCUCUCCCCACGCCGUCGCCUCUCCUCUUUCCCCACGCCGUCGCUUUUCCUCUCUCCCCACGACCCUCGCCUCUCGUCUUCCCCCGUGGUCGCCUCUUCUUCCUCUCUUGCCGUCGCCUCCCCACUUGAGCAAAUGCCUUCGUUCCCCCGCGUUUUUCAUCCCCCCCAUGACGUUGCCCGGUCCCCUCCCAUCCCGAUAGGAGCAAGCCUCGUCUCCAUCCAUCAUCUUCUUGACCUGCUCUGCUCGCUCUCCGAG